GCUUGAUAAAUCAUAUUACCUGAAACAUUUAAUAUACUGAAUAUGGCAUUUACACUGUACUUUUUGUCAGUGUUAUUAUUUUACCCCGUAUGCGCCAAAGAGGAGGAAAGCACAACAGAUUUCAGUUGCGUUGAGAUAACUGCAAAUCUGAGUUAUAGCUGUGAAGGUUUAGGCCUGCAAAAUAUUCCUGAGAGCAUCCCUCAUGCAACAGAAAUUCUGGAUUUUAGUUUCAAUUACCUUAAUGCCCUUUACAAGUUGACCUUCAAAAAUCUACCAAACCUUAGGAAAGUAGACUUAACAAGAUGCAAUAUUAAUUGGAUAUAUGAACAUGCUUUUAUAAACAACAUUCACCUACAUACCAUUCUGUUGAUUGGAAACCCAAUAAUAUUUAUUUCAGAUAUGGCAUUUGAUGGGCCAAUAUCAUUAAGACAUCUUUUUUUACAGCAAACUUCCAUAAGCAACUUAUUUUUUGUUCCAAUGUCUAACUUGGAAGACUUAGAAACUUUGAAUUUGGGAAACAAUUUUAUCUCUUCUUUGUGGUUUCCAGAAGAUUUUCCUACAAAAAACCUGAAAACACUGGAUUUUCAAUCAAACCAAAUAAAAAAGAUAUAUGCAAGAGAUAUUGAAGUCUUAAAUCAAGUGAAUGAUCUUAAUCUCAUUUUAAAAACAAACAAUAUGGACUAUAUUGAGCCAAAUUCAUUUAAUUCAAGUAAACUUCAAAUUUUGGAUUUAUUAGGCAGUGCUGUAAAUGUUGACCCAUCUGUUCUUUUAAAUGGACUUAAUGGUUUAUCAACUACAGUUUUGAGAGUUGGAACAUUUCAGGACAGCAAACAUUUUGAACUAAACCCAACCUUUUUUCACAGUCUGUGCAGUAUUUCAAUGAAAGAGCUUAAUUUACAAUUUCAGAGGUUUUAUGAUUUAUCAGCCACUAAUUUCUCAUGUAUAAAAAAUAUAACAAAAUUGGAUUUAACAGGUACUGACAUUAAGACCCUUCCGAGCUUUAAAACAGAUAACAUUUUAAGUGAGCUUGUAUUAAGUAGAAACAAAUUUGAACAAAUCUGUGAUAUACAGGCAGAUAAUUUCCAUCAUCUAACACACCUUACGUUAAGAGAAAAUACUGAAUUUCUGAAUUUAGGAGAUGGUUGUUUGGAAAAUCUUUCAAAGCUGCAAUAUUUGGAUCUAAGUUAUAGUAAUAUUGGUUCUACUACCUGUUGUAGAGGUCAACUUAAAGGUCUCCACAAUUUAAAACAUCUCAAUUUUAGUUAUAACCUUAAUCAAUUUUUCUCUAACGUGACCUUCCAAGACAACGGAAAUUUGGAAGUUCUAGAUCUAGCCUACACACGUAUUUUCUUCACUGAAUCAUUAGGACCAUUUAGCAAUCUAAAAUUACUAAAAGUUAUGAAUUUGUCGAUGAGCAGAAUUAAUGAUAGCAAUGUGUUAAUUUUUGAAGGUCUGAAGAACCUUGUUUACUUGAACAUGAAAAGUAGUUCCUUUCAGUCAGGAAUGAUUAAAAACAACAAUGUGUUUCAAUAUACUCUCAAUUUGGAGGUCCUCAUUUUAUCUUCAUGUGACCUAACAGCUAUAGAAGAAAGGGCAUUUCACAAGCUGGAGAAACUAAAUUAUGUUGACCUGAGUUACAACAAGCUGGCAGUGUUUAGCAGUGAUGCAUUCAAAGAUUUACAUCAAAUUUAUUUGAAUUAUGCCUUUAAUUUGAUUAAAAUCAUACCAUUAGAUUUGGUAAGGACUAUAUCAAAUAAAAGUGUUAUCAAUUUAAGUCACAAUCCUCUUGAUUGUUCUUGCUCCAACAUCCAAUUCAUAACAUGGUAUAAGGAGAAUACCAGAGUAUUUGAAGACAUUAAAUAUACAGUAUGUGGCUCCCCUGUGUCAACAGUAGGUAAAGAGGUGUGUAGAUUAACUAUAUCUUGCACUUUGUCUUCUCUUAAAAUAUUUUUCAUAAUAAUGGGUAUAGUGGUUGUAAUAGCUUUUGUACUUCUGGUUAUACGAUAUUACAAAAAGCAUCAGUAUGAUGGCCUUUAGUAGGAGAAUGGUUUAAUGUAUAUUCUUCAAGAAUUAAUAAAUGUUUAAGUCCUGGAGUGAAACUACAGUUACAGGUACUAAUCUGAAGCAAUUACAACAUAUUUUGUUUGUUUUUUAAUGUCUGCUGCCUUUGUUUUCUAUAAUGGUCAAUUAAAAGUAACAAAUAUGUGCACUGAA